AUGCUGUGUUUCGCCUGCAAUAAUGAACAGGAGGGAAUGAUGAAGUGUACUAACUGCUUGAAAGCCCGUUAUUGUCGCACAGAACGUCAAAGAGAAGACUGGAAAAGGCAUAAAACUUUCUGCGAGAUGUCUGUUGAUCAAACGUUGGUAUUAGUCCACAAAAUAAAGGAAGUUUUGCAAAUUAAAAAUAGUUUUAAGGGCCUUUUCUCCACCUAUUACUGGGGUAAUGUGCCUGCUGUGGACCUGCUCAAUUUGUCGAUGGAUGAAGGGGAGGAGUAUUCGAACCCACUGGCUUUGUUGCUUUGCGGAGUUGGUGAUCCAAGGAAUGUUCUACUUUCCAUUGCUUCUCUGCCUGAUGUUUAUACUCAACAAGUGAGCUUCGUUUUGAAUGACAUCUGUCCUUGUACCCUGGCCAGAAUAGUCCUGCUUCUCUAUAUGUUAUACAAAGGUAUUUUUGCUAAUGUUUGUAAAUUAUUGUACACUUUUUUAAGAGAUUACAUUUUUUGCUUGAUUAGCUAAGGAGUUUUUUAUUUGAAGCAUCAACUUUAACGCCUUAUUGGAUGUAAACAAGGAAUAAUUUAGACAUAUUAAAUUCUGCAAGCAAAAUACUGCAAUGCUGAUCAUACUACGUGAAAAUUAACUCUGCAAGACAUCAAAACGACCCCGAAAGAACUCAAAACAAAGCGGGAUUGUAGCCAUAGACAGCUGUUUCGCCCUUGCAGAAUUUAAUAUGUCUACAUUAUUAUUUUUGCUGAUCAGGUCUUUAUAGAUCCUACGUCCUUCGGCAUAUUCGUUUGCGGUCCUUUGCAGUCCUUUAUGGUUAAUGUUUGUACUUUAUGAAUUUUUGGUCCGUAGAUCUUUUAUAGAUCCAUUAUGCUGUAAUUCUUGCAUGGUUUUGUCCAUGUUUUUGAGGUUGGUUUUGGCCAAUUCUUUAUUUUCUCUGCGAGACAUCAACUUGACUCUUGGACUCUUGCCCUCCAGAAGACCCGUGUUAUGGCGUGAUUCUGUGGGUGUUGAGAGUUCUGGGUCAGGGCUUAAAAUCAGUGUGCGCGGAUAUUUUUUAUCAGAGUUUUCUCUGGUUGUUGCGCCAUACUGACGAGCCCCAAAAAGGGCGAAACGGCUGUCUAUGGCUACAAUCCCGCUCUGUUUUGAGUUCUUUCGGUGUCGUGUUGAUGUCUCGCAGAGUUAAUUUUCACGUAGUACGAUCAGCAUUGCAGUAUUCUGCUUGCAGAAUUUAAUAUGUCUACAAGGAAUUAUUGUUUAACAAUUUCAUGCUUCUCCUCUAUCAAUGUAAACAUAGCUGUGACCAGUCUCAUAUGGCUAGUUUGUCGAUGCAGCACAUUUAGGGUACCCGUCUUUCUUUGGUGAGAAAUAGACUUGUAAGUGGGUACUUUUUAGGUACUCAAGUUAUUGCUGUUAGCUGCACCACUAUCCGUGACUCAGUCAUACCAUAAUUAAACUUACUUUUGCUGGAAGCAUUAAGCACAACAAAGUCGUGAAGGAUUUAACGACAUUUUACGAGGAAGACAAUGUUCUUCUGUUGUUAUGUUCUUAGAGUUUGCCCAUCGAUCGUAUCGGUGUUUUGUUUCUACCGACCGAAGAUGAGAUUCUUGCGUUAAAUUAUCUGCCCACUGUAUCCAGCUAGUUUAUCGAGACUAUUGGGGACAGUAUGUGAUGUCAAGCAGGGCACAAACAAAUUAUUCUUGUGGUCGCGAGGAACUAAUAAGUUUUAUUUAGGUGUAGCAUCUGAAGUUACUGCUGUUGUUUAAAUUUGGUUUUCAAAUCUCAAAGAACCCAUAUUUUUUAUUUAUUCAGUGGAUUUACUACUAUCGCUAAGUGUGGAUAGUGACCCCAAGAUCAAAGUUUAAUUAUAUUAAUAUUCAACACCCAUUCUCUUCUUUUACAUUGGCAGGAGGUGAUAACAUCUUUCAUGCCAUGAUUCGAAUUUGGUAUUCAGUCUGCAUUUCUGAAGAAGACUUCGUCUUGCUGACCUCAUCACUUCGAGACCUUGCUACAACUAACGAAUUACGCAGUCUUACUAAAGGAGUGAUGGAGAUUUCUGCUGAGCAAAUGGAACAGCUUAGGAGUGUUUGGACAGCGUGGCUUCGCUUGUCAGAGCGCGAAGGACCAUGGGUAUCAAAUGAAAGGAAAAUGGUUUUCUCCGCUGAUCGGCCAGAAGUUCAGAUUGGACUAUCUCGUUACCUGGAUACCAUCCCAAAACCACACAGAAAUUCUGCGAAAAAGUAUUUUGACACGGGCAUUUUUCCCUCUACAGCAAAUCCCACUGAAGAACUAACUCGAUAA